AUGCCUUGUGAGAGAAAGCCUAUGCGCUAUGGACAUUCCGAGGGACACACAGAUGUGUGCUUUGAUGAAGACGGAAAGUGCAUUGUCACUUGCGGAAGCGAUGGUGACGUGCGCAUAUGGGAAAGCAUCGAUGAUGAUGAUCCUAAAUCCGUUAAUGUUGGGGAGAAGGCCUACUCUUUAGCCUUAAAGAAUGGGAAAUUGGUCACAGCGGUAUCCAACAACACGGUGCAGAUUCAUACUUUUCCUGACGGUGAUCCAGAUGGAAUACUCACUCGGUUUACAACCAAUGCAAACCACGUCACCUUCAAUUCUAUUGGGUCAAGAGUGGCAGCUGGAUCUAGUGACUUCUUGGUUAAAGUGGUGGAGGUGUCUGACAGCAGUCAGCAGAAAACUUUAAGAGGCCACGAAGCUCCCGUCCUAAGUGUGACCUUUGACCCAGCUGAUGAGUUCCUUGCUUCCUCUAGCUGUGAUGGGUCAGUAGCAGUGUGGAAAAUAGAAGAACAGGUCCAAGUGACUAAUUUGAAAGUACUGCAGAAGUCUAGUGAUGUCAGCAACGCCAAAUCUCUGUGUCGUCUCGCCUGGCAACCGCGCUCUGGAAAGGUUCUUGCCGUGCCUGUGGACACGGCCGUGCAGCUUUACGAGAGAAGCACCUGGAACCAUGUCAGCACGCUCUCCGAUGACUCCAUCACCCAGGCAAUAAACGUAGUCAUUUGGUCUCCUUGUGGGAGAUUUUUGGCAGCAGGUACAGUAGGUGGAUACUUGGCGAUUUGGGAUGUGGAAUCCAAGCUGUGUGUCGAGAGGCAGAAACACGAGAAAGGCUACACAGUGUGUGGGAUGGCUUGGCAUCCCUCUGGAGGACAGAUAGCGUACACGGACACGGAGGGCUGCCUGGGGCUCUUGGACGGGUUGUCUUCCUCUUCGUCCUCCUCCUCUGGUGUUACAGCCAAAGCCGACAAGGCUGCGGUGAGUAAAGAGGCAAAAGACUAUGACGACCUGUUUGAUGAAGCUGACGACCUGCCGUUGGACGAAGGCUUGAGCGAUACCCGCUCUCCUGCGAAGAACCCUGUGGUGGCGGACGAGGAGGAGGACGAUGACCUCAUGCCUCUCACGGGCAGACCGCGCAACAGAGGGGCCUUCCUGGACGAUGACGAGAAUUCUUUAGACGCGGGCUCGGUGAAACUGGAUAAAUUUGGGGACGACGACGCCAGCAGUGCCAUCCUCCCUGCGGCAGCCCCGGCGGUUCCCCGCCCUGUCUACGAGGGACCUAUGCCCACUCCACCGCAGAGACCGUUCCAGCCCGGCUCCACCCCGGCCCACCUCAUGCAUCGCUUUAUGAUGUGGAACUCCGUCGGUAUAAUCCGUGGGUACAACGAUGAGCAGGACAACGCCAUCGACGUGGAGUUUCACGACACGGCUGUUCAUCACGCCAUGCACCUUACCAACACUCACAACCACACCAUGGCUGACCUGUCCCAAGAGGCCGUUCUCUUGGCCUGUGAAGGGACCGACGAAUUUGCCAGUAAACUUCAAUGCCUACACUUCUCCUCAUGGGACACCAAUAAGGAAUGGAUGGUGGACCUUCCCAAAGGAGAAGACAUUAAGGCUCUGUGUUUGGGGCAGGGUUGGGCAGCUGUAGCCACCAGCGGCCUGCUUAUCAGGCUCUUCUCUAUCGGAGGAGUCCAGAAGGAGAUUUUUAGUCUGCCCGGACCUGUGGUGUGUAUGGCAGGGCACGGAGAGCAGCUCCUGGUGUCUUACCACAGAGGUACGGGGUUUGAUGGGGAUCAGGCCUUGGGGGUGCAGUUGUUCCAGUUUGGGCGAAAGAAAAGGCAGGUCAUCCACGGAGAACCUCUGCCCCUUUCGCGGAGAGCUUACCUGGCAUGGAUGGGUUUCACUGCAGAGGGGACCCCGUGCUAUGUCGACUCUGAAGGCGUGGUGCGUAUGCUGAAUCGUUCCCUUGGAAACACGUGGACCCCAGUCUGUAACACCAGGGAAAACUGUAAGAGCAAGUCAGACCAUUACUGGGUGGUGGGGAUCCACGAGAAUCCGCAGCAACUCAGGUGUGUUCCCUGUAAAGGCUCCAGAUUCCCUCCCACUCUGCCCCGCCCUGCCGUGGCCAUCCUGGCCUUCAAACUGCCCCUGUGUCAGACCGCCACAGAGAAGGGCCAGAUGGAGGAGCAGUACUGGCGUUCUGUACUCCUCCAUAACCACUUUGGCUUCCUGUCCUCCAGUGGCUAUGAGAUUGAUGAAAAGAGUCAGACUCAGGCGGAGAAGGAACAGCAGGAGCUCCUCAUGAAGAUGUUUGCUCUGUCGUGUAAGCUGGAGCGGGAGUUCCGCUGUGUGGAGCUGGCUGAGCUGAUGACACAGAACGUGGUGACACUGGCCAUCCGCUAUGCCUCCCGUUCCAGACGCAUGGCCCUGGCACAGCGCCUUAGUGAGCUGGCCCUGGAAAAGGCCAAUCAGAUGCAAGAGGAGGAGCAGGAAGACAAAGAACCGACCUAUUACAGGGACUGGAGAAGAUCUGAGCAGUACAAUGGCAGAACAAGCCAAGAGGAGAAUGGUUAUGAAGAAGAGGAUGAGGAGGAAGAGGAGCCACAGGAUGAGCAGAUGGACACUGAGGAGGUCACAGAGAACAGGAAACAUCGUCUAAAUCCCUUCAACAGAGUGCCAAGAUCUCCCGAAAAAACCUCUCCUAAAGUUGUAACCAAAGAGGGACGUGUGAACCCGUUCAAGGUUUCUGGACCCGGAAAGGCAACAGCAGGCCAGGCGAGGGUGGCCAACGUACUGGACACAAUGACUGCGUCGAACAGAAAGCCCGCGGUUCUGAGUAACUCUUCAAAGCAGAACAAAUCACCAGUCCUUAAGCCCCUGGUGCCCAAACCCAAGUCGAAGACCCAGGCUACUCUACUGCAAAUGAGUGCUUCCAAAGCAUCCAGUAAAAAGCAGCAGGAGAAAGAGACGGUGGAAGAAAAACAGAAGCAGAGUGAGGAGCCAGCGCCGCCGGAGGACAGUGUGGUGAAGAGGAGACCACAGACGGGGUUCCAACUGUGGCUUCAGGAGAACCGCACGGCCAUUCAGGAGGAGCAUCCCGAUCUGGAAGAAACAGGGAUCAUCAAAGAGGCUAUGUCCCGUUUCCGGAACCUGUCAGAGGAGGACAGACUGAAACUGAUUGAAAGAGCAAAAGGAGAGGUUGCAGACCCAAAGAAGAGGAAGAGAGAAGAAGUAGAAAGCAAAGACGUAGACAAUGAAAAGGAAACGGAUGAAAACGGCGCUAAAAAGAAAAAACCUUUGGAUACCUCUGCAAAGCUUUCAGCAUUUGCCUUCAACAAAAAUUAGGACCAACUCUGUUUCUGUGCGUUU